UGACAAUCUUCUAUAUUUGUAAUUGGUAAAUGUGUUUUUGCACAACAAAAAUCGGAGGAAAAAUCGCUGUUGCGUUUAUAGAACGGAAGACGAAACAAAAGGGUUUCGUGAGAUCUGGCAAAUAUUAUGGACGCACAUGAAACAACGUGUGCAGCAACAAAAAAACGAAACCAACAAUCACAACGACAACGUCGUGAAUUCAAUCCAAAAACACACUCACUUAACAAACGACCUGUAUCAAAGCCAUUCCAGAGAAAAGGCGAUAUCUAUGUUACAAAUAAAUCGAAUUUUCAGGCUCAAAUAAAACAAUGUCUAGAGACAUUGGAAACUGAAGCAACUGGUGAAAUCUAUUUGCAUUGUUUGGGUAAUGCGAUUAAACGUGGAAUUACAUUGGCACUGAAGCUUGUACAAGAAUCUGAUAACGGACUGGGAUACGAGGCAAAUACAUCGACCAUUGAUUUAACUGAUGACUUGCAUCCACUGAAUGAUGAAGAAGAUUUUUCCAUCCAAAAGCGGAAAAAUUCAUGUUUGCACAUAAGAAUCUUUCGUCAUUCGAACAAUCUCAGCAAUAAGAAGCCACAGACAUAAAUCACCUCUCGUACAUAUACCCGCUGAACUGAAUUAUUGAAAAUCAUGUUUGAUCUUAAAGAACUUGUGCAGUGGUUAGGUUUAGAUGAAUUUGAAAUAUUUACGAA